AUGCUUGCACAGGCAUGUUUGACUCUAAUGGCCUUGGGGACCAACAACACCAGUGGCAGUAUUGAGCCAUACCUCUCUGGUAUCAAAACGGGCAUUUUUUCAGGCCGAGUGGCCUCUCCUGCAGCAGCGUUUGCCCCUGGCCUGAGGAAGUACCCCAAGGAGGGGUCAAUGCCCUCCCUGACAGCCUCCUCAAGCCAAGCAAAGGCCCUCCUGGCAAGCCUGACUGCCUCCGGCCUGAGCGCUGAGGCCUUGCUCCUCUCCUCCACCCUCCGUCAUCACCGCCUUCUCCGUGAGCAGCGAGCCUCCUCCUUGCCUCCGCCCAGCAGCCAGUCCUCAUCCCCUACUCCCCCUGCUACAUCCUCCUCCUCUUCCUCCUCACCCACCACCCCUACUCCAUCCCUGUCUCCCUCCUCUCCCACCCCUUUAAAUUCCUUCACCUUCUCGUCUGGGAUUUCCAAGCCCAGCAGUCAUAGCCUUGACAGCUCCAGCCUCAACAGCUGCAAGGAUGGUGGCAGCGAGCCUGUGAAUAAGGACCUGACCCCUGACAACUCCUGGAGAUGA